UUGACCGCCGGCAGUUUUGGGGACCUGUAAUUUCAGGCGGCAUCCACAACCUGUUUAAUUAAGAAAUAAUGUAUGCUGUUUCGAGAUUUUGGGCAGAGGCUCGGUUAUAAUUGCAAUCACUGGGAUUUCAGCAAAAUCAAAACUUCUUCGGUCCGCUAAUUCUCCGACCAUUUUGUUGAUCCGUGGCACCAUGUUGACUCGCCUGUUUUGCAUGCACGGCCUGAUGGUGGCCUCCCACCCUUGGGAGGUGAUAGUUGGCACUGUCACCCUCACCGUCUGUAUGAUGUCCAUGAACAUGUUCACAGGAAAUGACCAGAUCUGUGGCUGGAACUUUGACUGUCCCAAAACAGAGGAGCAAGUUCUUAGCAGUGACAUCAUCAUCCUGACCAUCACGCGCUGUAUUGCAAUAGUCUACAUUUACUUCCAGUUCCAGAAUUUACGACAGUUGGGAUCCAAAUACAUUUUAGGUAUCGCUGGCCUCUUCACCAUAUUCUCCAGCUUUGUAUUCAGCACAGUGGUUAUCCACUUUCUUGAUAAAGAACUCACUGGUCUCAAUGAGGCUCUGCCCUUCUUCCUGCUCCUCAUCGACCUUUCCAAAGCAUGUGCUCUUGCCAAGUUUGCACUGAGCUCCAACUCUCAGGAUGAAGUGAGGGACAACAUUGCUCGUGGCAUGGCAGUUCUGGGACCCACCUUCACUUUGGACGCUGUGGUGGAGUGCCUGGUGAUAGGGGUGGGCACCAUGUCAGGUGUCCGCCAGUUGGAGAUCAUGUGCUGCUUUGGCUGCAUGUCUGUUCUGGCCAACUAUUUUGUUUUCAUGACCUUCUUCCCUGCAUGUGUCUCACUGGUACUGGAGCUGUCGAGGGAGAGCCAAGAGGGCCACCCUAUCUGGCAGCUUAGCCAUUUCUCCAGAGUUAUGGAAGAGGAGGAGGAGGAGAACAAACCAAAUCCUGUUUCCCAGAGAGUCAAGAUGAUCAUGUCCCUGGGCCUAGUGAUGGUACAUGCUCACAGUCGCUGGAUUGCUGAGCCCUUGUCUAUAAACUCUACGUUGGAUGUUCCCAAAGUGGACAUGAGCCCAGACCAUACAUCACCCAGGAGAAUUGAUCCUGAGCGGCCUCUCUGGUACUUCUACCUGGCAAGGAUGAUAACACUGGACAUUGAGCAGGUCAUCUGUCUAGGGUUGGCCCUGCUACUGGCUAUCAAGUACAUUUUCUUUGAGCAAGUCGAGAUGGAGUCAACUCUGUCUCUUAAGAACCCGAUGAGCACGGCAGCCCCAAGCCUCGCUCACUGCUGCACCCCUGCUGCCACGCCUGUCAGCUGCAGGAAGGAGCCAGUGGUCCCAACCCAGACAAUGCCUGCCAAGGCACAAACCCCAGCUACCAAGGAAGAGAAAGAUGAGGUGAUCCGGCCCCUUCCUGCCCACAUGACUGACCCUAAGCCCAAGGGAACGUUUAUCCUUGGGGAAGGAGAAUUGAACCUCCAGACCUCCAAUCCAGACCUCGCUCCUAAACCUCCCCAACCCACCAACUCCAGAUCCUUAGAAGAGUGUCUGGCCAUCUUCCAAAAAUCUGAGCUGGGUGCCAGUUUCCUGAGUGAUGCUGAGGUGAUGAUGCUGGUAAACUCAAAGCAUAUCCCAGCAUAUAAACUGGAAAUGAUGAUGGAGAGACCAGAGAGAGGGGUAGCCAUACGCAGACAGAUGAUAUCUGCCAAGCUGUCGUCCCCCUUUGCACUAUCUUCACUGCCAUACACUCACUAUGACUACUCACAGGUGAUGGGUACCUGUUGUGAAAAUGUGAUUGGUUACAUACCUGUACCAGUAGGUGUGGCUGGACCGCUACACCUGGAUGGGAAGCAGUUCCAAGUUCCUAUGGCAACUACAGAAGGCUGUCUGGUAGCCAGUACCAACCGUGGUUGCAGAGCAAUUGCUCUGGGAGGUGGUGCCAGCAGUCGUAUCCUGGCUGAUGGUAUGACACGUGGUCCCGUAGUGAGAUUACCCUCUGCCUGUCAGGCAGCAGAAGUCAAGGCGUGGCUAGAGAGCAUGGAAGGCUUCACUGCCAUCAAAGAGGCCUUUGACAACACCAGCAGGUUUGCUCGCCUGCAGAAGCUGCUGAUUGGUCUGGCUGGUAAAAACCUUUACAUACGCUUCCAUUCCAUGACUGGAGAUGCCAUGGGGAUGAACAUGAUCUCUAAGGGCACAGAACAGGCUCUGUCACGACUCCAGGAGCAGUUCCCAGAAAUGCAAAUUCUGGCUUUAAGUGGCAACUACUGUACUGACAAAAAGCCUGCCGCCAUCAACUGGAUAGAAGGAAGGGGCAAGUCUGCAGUCUGCGAGGCUACAAUCCCUGCUAACGUUGUCAGAGAUGUUUUGAAGACUUCAGCUGAAGCUCUGGUGGAAGUGAACAUCAACAAGAACCUGGUGGGCUCAGCUAUGGCUGGCAGCAUUGGGGGCUAUAAUGCACAUGCAGCUAACCUAGUGGCAGCUAUCUAUAUCGCCUGUGGUCAGGAUCCAGCGCAGUCAGUGGGCAGCAGUAACUGCAUCACCCUGAUGGAAGCUACAGGGCCCACUGGGGAAGACUUGUACAUCAGCUGUACUAUGCCCUCCAUAGAGCUGGGCACUGUAGGAGGAGGCACCAAUUUGGCACCACAGCAAGCCUGCCUUCAGAUGCUGGGAGUGCAGGGUGCCAGCAAAACCUGCCCAGGGGAAAACGCACGGCAGCUGGCUCGAGUGGUGUGUGCUACUGUUUUAGCAGGAGAGCUGUCGCUCAUGGCUGCUCUUGCUGCGGGCCACCUGGUCAAGAGUCACAUGACACACAACAGAUCCAAGGCGAACUUGCAAGAGGCCCCAGGAGCUUGCACUAAGAAGGCCUCAUGAGUGGGGGGGGCAUUAGGGUUGUUUCACAAUGUGCUGUUUAUUGCUUCAGCCACUGUUGCAUAAUGACACAUUUUGCAUAAAAGAUUGAAGACCUUCAGGAAUGGAUGAACUGAUAAACAUUUAAUAUUUAAUGGAAUUUUAUCAUUCAUGAAGUGCGCAAAGAUGUUGCAAGAUACAAGUGUAUGUGAGCAUUUUUAUAUCUGCUGCAGCUGACUAUGAACACUUAAUUGCUACAUUUUAAGUUUCCCCACAUAUGGAAAUAUUAUCGUUUAACAGAGAAACCAGUUUUUGGUAAAAAGCAUUUCUUUCAGUAAUACCAGGAUACUAUGUUGUGAAAUCCUUCAUACUGACAAUUAGGGGCAAAGCCCAGUUCAGCCAGGCAACUUUGCACCCUUUUCCUUGCAACUAAGGAGAAGACAUCAGGCAGUGCCAUCUUAAAACUCCAUAAAUCCAGUUCAUAAACCUGUCGAUCUCUAAUGUUUGAAUUGUUUUAACUGCCAAAUGUAGUCAUAGAACUUUCCAUUCCUACAGGUGAAUGUUUCUCAUUGAAUGUGUAUGUGUGCCAGGGACUUGCAGAGGAAGGCAAAUUAAAUAGAAAGUCAAGAUAUUAAAACUCAUGCAGAUGAUUGUUUUUUUUUCCCGAGGUGCUAUGUUAAACUACGGGGCUGUAGCGGCAGACUGUUUACUACAGCGCGAGACGGGGAACGAGGAACAACAGCAGGCCAGUCAGUUGGGCCUGAAAUACUUGUACUGUUAAACGUCCGAUGCCUGUGUAACUUCCUACGUCUUAACUCAUCACUUGAAUUAUUAUGUAGAAGUUAUGGAAAAUGAUAUUUAGUAAUAUGUAUUGUGACCUCUGGUUUGUAAAAUUUGAUGGCAACUGUUAAAUAUGAACAUUAGCCUUAAGGGUUAAAAGUGAUAUAGAUUUUUUUUUUUGCAUUUAUUUUGUAAUAUACUAAAUUAAACAAUGAAUGAUUGUUGUGAUAAAUGCUUUUUAAUGAAUCUGGUGUAUUUUAUAAUUGCAAUGCAAUUUCCGGUAGACUGUUUGUUGCUUUGGCUCUUUG